CAUAAAGUCAUUGCAGCACAGACGUGCAACGUCAAACCAGUGAAUUCUAACCACUGCCAUACGCGGUUUUAUAUUUGUCGCCACACGCUCAAUACUAUUACAACACAGUUACAGUUACAGCUCUGCUUUAGCGCUCCAAUAUAAUACCCAGAGGAGACAAUGCUGGCAUCGCAUGGUUUACUGCACGUGCCCCCGGGUCAACGCGUCGCCUACGCCGCAAUUCACUUUUGGCUACUGUUCACCCAACUGAUGAGUGCGGCCACGGUCAGUAGCAGCAGCAGCAACAGCACAACCUCAGCAUCCAGUGAGCAGCCGCCGCUUCAAGCACCACCUCCACUGCCGUUGUUGAUGGACACAGCGUUGACAAAUUGUGGCGACGAAGACAGCCCUAGAUGGCGGCCUGUUUGUGCCACGGCGAACGGUGUGGACUAUGUGCUUUUUGGCAGCGAAUGUUUGCUGAGGCAAACCAACCGUGAGCGCCACCACUCGUACACAGGGGAUGCGAAGCCCGUUUUUAGGGAAAUUGCGUUGGGAUUCUGCCGGCCGAGCUGCGGCCUUAUAAUUUGUGAAGGCAACGAGCAGGCGAUUUGUGCCAGAAAUGUAAACAGUGGCGAAGUUCGGAGUUUUAGUGGACUCUGUGACAUGGCGCGCGAUGUAUGCGUUAACGGCAAUGAUUGGCAAUUGAUAAACGAUGAUGCUUGUGUCAAGCUGCUGAAAAGUUCAGCUCCUACUUUUCCAGCCUCAACCACCCAAACUACUCCACUUACAGCAACUAAAGGAAAGCCCUUUAACCUAAAGGAAAAAAUAAAACAUGGACAAAAUGUAAGAAAAGAGAUCAUUAGAAAAUCCAUACCAUGCCCCAAGAUAUUUAACCCGGUCUGCGCUGAACUCUUUGGCGUCAAAUCGACAUUUAUCAACGAAUGUCUUGUGAAUGCAGAGAACGUAAUAUUGAACAAAGAAUGGAACAUUUUCUCGGAGGGCAUCUGCGCAGAAGACUACGCGAGUUCUGAAACACACAAAAAUGAAAUUAGCAAGCGCAGUACAGUGGCCAGUACGACUGUUACCUUCCAACUGAACGCACCCGAGCAGCAAUUGAACAGUGAUGUCUUGUGGACACCAAACAUAGAAAACACAAACUAUAUGAAUGAGGAUGUUUUCAGUUCACAUGGAGGACUAAUGAGAAGCAUAUUGCAGUACAACCAGCCUUUUGGAGCGGGGCAUAGCGAACAGUCUUCCUUGGACGCAAUGCCACAUAAUAUACGCAUCUUGCCGGCUGUUAGCGAUCGUGUGCCGGUCUGUAAAUUUGGCGCUGGUCCAGUUUGUGGGAGUUCAUCGCAAUACUCGGUGCAUAGAUUUGAAAAUAUCUGCGAGCUGUUGCUAAGGAAUAUCAUUUUAAAUGAAGCUUGGGUUGUGAUUAACGAGGGCAAAUGCCGAAGAUGUGUCUUGAAUUGUAAUACAGACUAUGAUCCCAUAUGUAUCACACGCAAUGGUGUUAAUUACACCAUAAUCAACCAAUGCCAUCUGGAUCACGCUAUUUGUAGAAAUAAUUUAAACACAUGGAAGAUACUAGGCAAAGGAGAGUGCACAAAAAUCUUAAAAACUAUUCCUUCAAGCGAAGACAAUUACAUCAAAAUAACCCCAGUGAAUCAAAAUGAAGAAUACUUUCCUAGGCACACCCGGAAAAUUCUCGAAUCCUCAACAGAAGAAGGAGCUGAGAGCCUAAAAAACCAAAACGCAUCAGUGGUUACUGACCAAACGCCUUCACUAGAAGCUUUCACUGAGCAAUCCUAUAACCCCAGCUCCAGCGAACCUUUACUUCGCCACAAUAUAUCACGGCCCAUCGAGAACACCACACUGAAGACUCAUAUAAUGAAUUUAUGGCGGAGCUCGAAAAGAAAAUCCCCGUCCUCUAGAAGAAAGAGAAAUUAGUAAUAAGUUUAAUUGUAGAUCAGCUAUCUAGUUUAAUAAUUCAAAUUCUACAACCUCAUAAUUUAAUAUUUAUAAUUUUGUAUUUUGUUUAGAAGCAUAAAUAAAAAAUGUCGA